UUUUUUCUUUUUUUUUUGUUUGUUCCUAGAUUGGUUUGUUUGUUUUUUUCAUGUGACUGUUCAAAGGUCAGUGUUGUCCUUGUCUCUCUUCACAAGUUUAAGUUACAACAACUUAUAUACAUUUACAUGAUAGUGUGUGUGUGUGUGUCUCAGAUGACAGUGUUUAUCUUAUGGUGGUGCUGUGAAACUGACACUGUCAUCUGAUACACACACACACACACACACACACAUCAAUAAGAGAUGAUGAGUGUGUGUAGCGUCAACAGAUGUUUUCACAGCACUGUUGAUUGAUCUUGAUCAUUCAAACAUAUCAGAUUAAAAAGGUUCAAUUGUGGGUUUUAUUUGGUGAGUUGACUCACAGAAGUCUGACUUAAUCUGAGAUUAAAGUUUGAAAAACUACAGAAAUUUUAAAAUCGAAAAUAAGAAUGAAUAUUAGAGAGUGAGAUUAAGUCAGAAUUUGGAUUUUUUUUUUUAAAUAAAAAUAUGCUGGUCAAAAUUUAAAAUGUAUCUUUUAAUUCAGAAAUAACAAUCCUGAUCAGAAUUGAUCCGGUCACGUGACCAUCAUCGUCACGUUCAAGCGCUGAAGGGAAACACCUGAAAGCGCAUGCCCAUCGCGGCGCAUCGGGCGCGCGCAACUGCAGCAGAUCGAAGCGCGCGCACGCGAUCCAGCCUCUGCAGUGUCUUUCAAAAAAUAGGAGAAAUCCCACAGUCUUUAAACGCACCACAGUCCGGGGCGGAUCUGGUCCUCCUCAGGUGUGCGUGCGUGCGCGUGUGCAAGGAGGAAGCACCGCCAUUCAGCGUCCACACAAACACGGAGGAGGCUGUGGACAACCACGGAGACACAGGCCGGAGCAGAAGAGCUCUGCGACCGCUUCACACCGUCGGACUCGACCGGUCCCAGCGAGGAGACUGACGUGUUUACGACCGAGAUCCGGGAGGAGAACGGAGCAGCACAGUGGAAGAAGAAGAAGAAGAAGAGACACGGGGAAUAGGAAGGAGUCUCCUCCUGCACCUCCUGCACCUCCUGCACCUCCUCCAAUGGGUUAAACUGUUUGUUGUUGUGAAUAAGUGUCGCGGAGCUUCUCACCUGCUCAGGCCGAACCUGAUGUAGGAGGCACCUGCCCCCCCUGCACCUUCUCCACCGGCACCUCCUGGGCGCCCCUUCAUCCUCACUCGCCCGCAACUCUCCCCCUGUCUUCACCUCCUCUCCUCCGGACUCCCAUCAUGCCGGCGGGGAUGAAACCCCUGGAGAAGUUCCUGAAGAAGCAGACCGGGGCGCUGACCCGGGCCGGGGGGAUUGUCGGCGGCGGGGGGUCGGACAAGGCCGGCGGCGUAGCGGCGGAGAGGUCCCGCAGGAGGGCCAGCCUGUCCCGGGUCGUUCCCUUCUUCAGGGAGACGUCACCAGAGAGUGGGCAGGCCCGGGAGGUCUUCAGCCCUGACAGUGAGGACGCCCCCUCCUGGCCCUCAACUCUCGGUACUUCAGCGGUCACAGCCCCUGGCGGAGGUCACAGCUGCGGCGCUGGAGAUGUCCGCAGUCCGUCUCUGUCCAGCGAUGAGCAGAGCUCCGAGGCUAGCCUGAUCACAGAGAGCAGCAGCAGCGGAGGGAGUGGAGCGGGAGGAGGAGGAGGAGGGUCCACUCCUCUUCACCCUGACACACCAGACAACCUGACCCUCACCCUGUUGGACAGCGUGGCAGGAAGACGCUCUGGAGUCUGCAUAGAAACGCUGCUGGACGACUUCAUGUUGACUCAUCCGAUCUUCCUGACGUCCGACAGGUUCCAGCAAAUUCUGCUGCAACAGUUCUCUGAGGGCACGGAGAGGAGGGAGGUGAGAGGCAAAGGAGGCCCAGGGAGGGAGGAGAGGAGAGAAGGAGAGAUGGAAGGAGGAGAGAGGAAGCAGGCGGUGCUGAGUGUUGCCUUCAGGUACCUGGACACGUACAGAGAGCUGCUGCAGGAGGAGGGAGAGCGAGGGAACAGCUUCACCAAGGAGCUCUACAUGUGCGCUCUGCGGGACUUGAGUCGCUUCCCUGAACUGGUGGAGGACGUUCUGAAGCUGCAGAGAUGGACGGAGAUUCUACACUGCCCCUCUGAUGAGGAGAAGGAGAGCAGGAAGAAACAGGUCCGUCCUCUGUUCAGACACUUCAGACGCAUCGACGCCUGUCUGCAGCCCAGAGAGGCCUUCAGGGGCUCCGACGAGAUCUUCUGCAGGGUCUACACCCAGGACCACUCCUACGUCACCAUCAGGAGUCGUCUGUCCUGCCGGGUCUCUGAGAUCCUGGCCCUGGUCCGGGAGAAACUUCAGUUCAGCGAAGAUCAGCCCGUCCUCCCGGGGAACCUGAUCCUGGUGGCUGUGACAUCAUCGGGAGAGAAAGCUGUGUUCCGUCCCACUGACGAAGCCGUCUUCACUACACUGGGAGUCAACACACACCUGUUUGUGUGUGAACCCUCUGAACUGGACUCACUGCUCCCCCUGCCUGAAGAAAUCCACUGGACGCCCGGAGACAGCAAACUGCACGACAUGUCAGCGGAGGAGGUGGCCAAUCAGCUGGCAGUAUUUGACUGGGAGCUCUUCAGCUGUGUCCACGAGGUGGAGUUUGUGUGUUAUGUGUUUCACGGUGAGCAGUCUCGCUGGCGCCCCCUCAACCUGGAGCUGGUACUACAGCGUUGCAGUGAGGUGCAGCACUGGGUGGCCACGGAGAUCCUGCAGUGCCAGUCUCUGCCGAAGAGGAUGCAGCUGCUGCGCAAGUUCAUCAAGAUCGCAGCACUCUGUAAGCAGCAGCAGGACCUCCUGUCCUUCCUGGCUGUGGUUCUGGGCCUGGAUAAUCCAGCCGUGGGCAGACUGAGACUCACCUGGGAGGGACUCCCUGGAAAGUUCAGGAAACAGUUCCAACAGUUUGAAAACAUUGCGGAUCCGUCCAGGAAUCAUAAGUCCUACAGAGACCUGAUCAGCAGCCUCAGACCUCCACUGAUCCCAUUCACACCUCUGCUGCUCAAGGACUUGACGUUUCUCCACGAAAGCUGUAAAACCUUCUACGGUGAGAUGGUCAACUUUGAGAAGAUGCACAAAGUGGCAGAGAUGGUGAGGACCAUCAGGAGAUACCGCAGCAGUCAGCUGGCCGUGGACACCGAGACGUCUCCGUCACACCUGCAGACCAAGGCCUACGUCCGACAGCUGCAGGUCAUUGACAACCAGAACCUUCUGUUCGACAUGUCCUGCAAAUUGGAGCCCAAGGACACGUAAGAGACAAGAAGAAGAAGAAGAAAAACCAGGAGGAAGAUCCCGUUUCCUCACCUGGUCCACCACCAGCCUCAGAGCCGCCGUCGUCCUCCAGGUCCAGUCCCAGACUUUUAUCAAUCAUCACCUACUGGAGCUGAGAUCAGACACUCCACCGCUUUUAUAAUCUCUCAUUGUCGGCAGUGAAACGGUCUGCGAUGUUCCGCCAGAACUCGCAGAACUCUACGACCGUCCUGCUGUAAGCUAGCUAAUCCUUCUCUUAGCCUGGCUGCUAAACAAAUCAGGACCUGUUAGCGGGAAGCUGGUACCUCCUGCUAAAGUUGAUGCUUUCACUUGUCGUCGAUGGUCCAAGGAGGAAACGUUGGACGUGUGACGCAGGACGUCAUUGACACGGGCUCAGCCAAUCAGACUCACACGUUCUUUUCAGUUCAUUCAGGGUCAGGACUUCGCUCAUCUUUGGUUAUUUAAUGUCAACCAGGAGUGGUAUUGUUAAUGUGAAACAUUAGCUCAUAUAAGCUUCGCUCGUGGCAACCAUAUAUUGCUAAUGGAAGCAUCUGGUGUUUUUAACUUAAUGGCUAGCCGUUGCUCUUUGUUAUUUCUCAAAUUGGUCACGUGAAAGGUUCAAUGCUGCUACCAAUGUUGCCAUCUAAACAGCUGACGUCAGUUACUCUUUUGUUUGGUGACUUAAUAGCAUUGUUGUUAUUAUUAUAGCUAUCGUUAGCUACUUUCACUACCGAAUAUUUAUUGGCUCUAAGUUUCACUGCCAUCUGUCCAUGUCACGGUUGGAAACCUAAUAAUUAUAGUCAGCUAAUCGCCCUAACUGAAUAAAUGUGGUUAGCUACUAGCACUGUUGAUAACAAGCUACGUUUGUCUAAUAUUACGUUUGUAACAGUGGUAGCAAUCGUGGCUACUUUAAGUGUUGGUUAAUUAAUAGCCAAAUCUGCUGUAUAGCAUCUUUGUCACAGUUAGCUACUGUUUGCGACUUUGCACUUUGACGCUAAUCUCUGUCAGAAAAUUAAAUUUGAUUCAAUUGUUCAACAGCUCGGCUGGAACAAACCAAAAAAAAGCCUUUGCGCUCCCCCCUGGUGGUCAGCGCAACUAAUGACACCCUAAAAUGUUAAGCAAAAGCAUAUUUCUUCUUACAUUUAUUUUUUCUACAGGAGGCAGCCAAUCAGAUGCUCUGACAUCUUUACUCACAGCUGAUCUCAUUUAAUCUACAGGAAAUGGGUUCAACUCAACAAUCAUUUUUUUUAUAUGUCUAUUUUCUGGGAAAUAAAACGGAUUAAUUGACCGCAUUGAGUGACCUCGGCGCUACCUGUGCUGAUGAUGUCAUUCGCCCAAAAUAAACCCAACACGGAGCACGGAGUGGACUCUUGUCACUCAGGAAAUCAGGAUUUAUUUUUUCAAUCAAACCGUGGACACAGAGGACGGAUCUGGACGUGAACUGACCGUCCUGGAGGCACGUGUCUGACGGGAAGACUCUCUGGGAUUUUAGCUGAUGAUGACAGGUGUGUUUGCUGAUGCCACUUGGGAAGGACGCCCCUGCUGGACAUCGGUGGUGUUGUCUGUUUCCGGGACUUUGAGUUAAGAUAAACGGAAUCAUCUCUUAUUUUCUCCACGACUCGAAAGUGGUCCACGAGCCAAACCCCUCGGUCGACCGGCUGCUCAGAUCGACUCGUGUCCACCAAAGCACUUUUGCUCCAAAAACCUCAGGGGCUCAGAGACACGGAGAGGUUUUCAGUUCUCGUCCCACCUCCAGGGUUUCUGUUUUCUUAGUGUUUUUAUUUUCUGGUUGGUGUGUUUGUACAGAUGAUUUAACGUGAGUCAUGUUUACUACAAUAAGUGUGUGUGAGUGCAUGUGUGUGUGUUUGUGUGUGUGUUUGUGAGAGAGACAUAAACACCAGGUCACAGUCUCACACCAAAUUCAUUUUUAGCUUUAACAAUGCAAAAAAAACAACAACAACUUUC